CGUCAGUUCGUGUGUGUGGGUGGCUGAGGAAGGACCUGUUCACCUCUGCUCUAGUGUGACUCUAAUUUCUCUUCUCCCCCCCCCACACACCACCACCACCACCACUACCACCAUCACUCCACCUCCCUCCUGCACCUCUACCACUCCACCACCACAGCACCUCCACCAAUCACCACAGCGCUAUGUCCAGUGUAAGCAUGGAGAGUUCAACAGCACUGUCUCAAAGUAUGGAUUCUGUCAACACAGCAGCCGCGGAGGAAGAGUUCUGCUCUCUUUCACAGGUGCGGACGCUGUUUGUGAGUGGCCUACCCAUGGACGCCAAACCACGGGAGCUGUACUUGUUGUUCAGAGCAUACGAGGGCUACGAGGGGUCACUACUGAAGGUGACGAGCAAGAACGGGAAGACUGCAUCGCCCGUGGGUUUCGUCACGUUCAGCACCAGAGCAGGCGCGGAGGCAGCAAAACAAGACCUGCAGCAAGGGGUAAGGUUUGACCCAGAUAUGCCACAGACAAUCAGGCUGGAAUUUGCUAAAAGUAACACAAAAGUCAGCAAGCCGAAGCAACAGUCCCCGCCUGCCGCAGCACCUCACCCGACCCUUGUCCACCCAUUCACAGGACUAGAGCUCAAUACGGCCUUCUUCCCCGGCGGGCCUGACGUAUGGCCGCCCCAUCCCCUGGCCUACACCGCGGAACUCCCAGGGUCAGCCGCCGCCGCCGCCGCUAGCCUGCAGCACCACCACCCCGCCCUCUUCCCUGCCCUUCACGCUCAGGUCCCAAUGGUGCUCGAGGGAGGGGGGCCGUGGCCGCCCCUUGCCCUCCCACACGCCCCCAUGGUCUCUCACGCCCCUGGGGUUGUGAUGCCCUCCCCCGCCCUUGCCUCCCCUGCUGGCUCCCCACACUCUGCCCACCCUGCCCCCCCACAGCAGCACCCCCACAACCCCCCCUGCUCCACUCUGUUCAUCGCCAACCUGGGGCCAAAUGUGGCUGAACACGAUCUGAAGGAUAUAUUUUCAAGGGACACAAGACUGAAGCUGAUGGAGCCCCGACCAGCUGCCCACAUGGAACGCCUUGCCUCAUAACUCUCCCGGCGUGUGACCUGACCACCCAGCCCCCCGGAGGCCCCCCACACCCCUCUGACAGCACCCCCACACCCCCCACCCACCCACACCUGCUGGGGCGCGGGGUGUACUGGCCUCCUGCACCCCCACCACCACUACUACCACCGCCACCACCACCACCACCACCACUACUACAGCCAGGCAGGGGCUAUACCUGUAUAAGACGUGUUUAUCCUGGUGGUUCUGUUUUAUUCAUGUUUUCCUCCUAUUAUUGUUUUUCAUUUUAUUUUUCAUGUUAUUUCCUGUUUCUUCAUGUUUGUUUUCAUUUUUUCACUCAAUACGGCUAUUUUUUUAUCUGGUUUUGUCGUCUUUCUCAUUCGAAGCACAACAUCCAAUCCCUGUGUCUCCGUGUAUCCCAUUUUCUCUAUUGACAAACCCCAGAGUUGAGAAAAAACAUUAAUUUCCCCUACGACAAACAAAAAUUCAUUCCCGUUUUCUUUUUAUACUUUCACGAGUUUUUGGUAAUUUUCCUAUUUCCCCACGAGUAUUUUCAUGAUUUUUUUUUACUUUCCUGAGUUGUUCCAUUAUUUUUUCAUUUUCACGAGUAUUUUCAUUAUUAUUCUUACUUUUCCCCUGAUUAUUUUCCCAUUUAAUUACGUAUUUCCUCUUCUGUUUACGUAAUGCAUUGUUUGCUGUAGCUCCCUUGUGUUGCUACUGACCUGAGUUGACCUGACCCAAACCUUACCAGGACACGACCUCACAUGGCCUCUGCCAGCCAGCGAUUCAGCUCUGACCUGACCCUGGCAGAACAAGAGGCACAUAAUGUAUUUUUUUUUGUCUUGCGUAUAAUAUUUUACUUUUUGUACGUAUAUAUUUUUGUGGUAUUAUUAUUUUGUGUACUAGUAUUUGGUUUUCCUUUUUAUAUAUAGUGAAGAUAUAUAUAUACGUAAUACAUAAUAUAUACUGACCUCUUCCUCUCUCUUUCUCUUUCUCUCUUUCUCUCUCUCUCUCUCUCUCUCACUUUCUCUCUCUUUCUCCUGACUUGUACACUUCCCACUCAGAACAAAAGAUCUCAGCCUUCCAAAGAUACGAGUGAAUGGUGAAUGAACUAACAAACAAACAAACUAACUGACUAACUAAUGACGUAAUGUAACAGUUCACUAACCGGAGGAGAAAAUGCUCAGUCAAACCUAAAUAUACGUGUACUUAUUUUACGUUUUGUCGCUUGUUGGGAGUCGUGUGUUUGUGACAGUGUGUGAAUGGGGCUUUGUGGUGCAUUAUGGGUAAGAUUGUGCUACUUUACGUCUUACAGUGAAGAGAAAGUGAUGUCCUGUGGUGCACUGUGGUUAAGAAGAGCUGUGUUUUACGUCUUAAGUGAGGAGAAAGUGUUUUACCAUGGUGUAUUGUGGGUAAAAUAAGCUGUGUUUUGCGUCUUAAAAUACGUCACACCCUUGCGAAAAAGUGAAAAAAAAAAAAAACUGGCGUAUUAAUCGUAAUGCAAAACGAGAGACCAUUUUAACUUAACUCUUUACUUCCAAGCUAAAUGAGUGAUUAAUCCAACAACCCUUUACUUUCCAACCAAACAAGCAACCAGUUUAACCUAACCCUUCACUCCCAACCCAACGAGCCUUGAAUUACACCCAACCCUUUGCUCCCCAGCCAAAGAGGGCAGCCCCAAUCACCACAAACACCACGACUCCCGACACAAGCGGCCACGAUGACUAACCAAUUAAAAACAAAUGCAAAAAAAAGCACCAAAAAAACAAGCUUAAAUUAACAGCCCGCCAUACUUCCUAUCUUCCUCCUUUCCUUCCUAUUCCUAAAUUUUCGUAUUCCUGUUUCAUUCCUAUACUGAGUCUUUCUUAAAUUACUUUGUUUUCUUAUACUUUUCUUCUUUUCCUUCUCUUUCUUCCCUCUUCUUAUCCAUAUUUCCAUCAUUGCUAUGUUCCUUUAUCCCUUCAUACAAUUUCAGUCUCAUUUUCUCCUUUCCCUUUCUACUCCUCAUUCUUAACUUUGUCUAAUCUACCAGUUUUCUCUUUCCUCCCUUUCUUAACUUAACCUAAAUCAUAACCCUCUUUAAACUCAACAUCCUUUUUCCUAUGGGUACUCUAUAACCAAAUAACCUAAACAGUCCCAGUGAAAAACAUUCCUUUUAAGAGUACGAAGCUCACACCAAAUAACCUAACCUAAUAUAUUAACCCCUUAUGGUAGAUAGACAGGAGCCGGAUGAGUCUAUCAAAACACUACACGGCUCCGAGGAUUCUCAAAGUGGAGAUGAAGUUUAAACAUACCAAAGAUCCCAGUGUGACCUCUCUAGUGACUUAAGACUCUACCAAAGCAGCAACCAAAGCUAGCUAGAGUGGGACCAUGAAGUGUGGCGAGGCAGUAAUGUUAGUAUUGUUAGUCAGGGCUAAGGAGUGACUGGUGGAAAUUAAAGUGUGUUAGGUAAGGAAUGACUGGUGGAAACUGUUGGAAGUGUUUGUGUUGCAAGGAAAGGAUGGAUUGGGAAAGGUGGAGAUUCGCUUAAGGUUGUAAAUGAAAGAUAGAAAAUUGUGUUGAUGGAUGAGAAAGGAUGGAUUUGAAGUUAGUGGAGGAAAUGGUGGAGGUUUGCAAUGAAAGAAUGAGCCUGAAUACCCAAAUGAUGAAAAUAGAUUGAGUCUGUAAUGAAGGAAUGUGUCUGAAUAUAUGCACGAUGGAAAAAAUAGCUGGAUUUAUGAACGACAGAUGAAAGAAACCACAGAAAAUAUUGACAGUAGAGAUGUUUGUGUUUGUAAUGAAAGGAUUGGUGAAAAUUAUUGAAAACUGUUUAUGUUCAUGAAGGGAAGGCGAAAGAAAUGUUGACAGAUGAAUAAUGAGAAGCUAGACAAACAGAAUGAUACAAGAUUCGAGUAAAAAAGAUACUUGAGUUUAUAAAAGACUGUAAUGAAUUAAUUUGAGUUUACAAAAGGCAAAAUAUUUAAGAAGAUGGUAUAGAAUGGAUGAACAGUGAAAAAAAAUUAAUGAAACAAGGACUAAAAAGACAAAAUUAAUUAAAUAUUUAGAUGAAGGAUGAAAAAAAAUAUAGGAAUUGCUGAAGAGAGAGAAGGAACAAAACAAAGAAAACAACAAUAAUAAUAAUAAUAGUAAUAACUGAUAAAUGAGUAAUGAGAAAGACUUAGGAAUAAUGGAGGAAGAUGUGAAUGAGACCAAAGAUGAAGAAUAAUGAUUAGAGAGAUGGAAGAGAAGGAAAGACAAAGAAUGAAGAAGAGAAAAAAGACAAGACUAGCCAUUUGUUUGACUGUCUGAGUGUGUUUUGAACUGAGAUGCAGAUGGAAGGACACACACACACACACACACACACACACACACACACACACACACACACACACACACACACACACACACACACACA